GUGAGGUCGAGAGGAGGACUUGGUUUGAUUGAACACCAGUCUGAUACCAAUCAGAUCGGCAGCAGCGGCAGCGGCAGCGGCUGCAUCUGCAUCUCCGCCCCGGCUCCGGAGCCCCACCCCACCCCGCCGCGCCGGCCAUGUCUCCCUCCGGGGAGGUGGUCGCCUCCGUCUCCUCCGCGCUCGCCGUCCUGCUCGUCCUCCUCGCCUGCGUCGAGCUCGGUGACGCGGCCGCCGCCGUCGGCGUCUACCGCCUCAUCCAGUACGACCUCGCCGGCGCCCCGCUCGGCUCCCGCGCCGCCGCGCUCAACCACCACGCCGCCGCCUUCCCGCUCCCCGCGGGGGCCGACCUCUCCCGCUCCGCGCUCGUCGCGCCGCUGCUCGACCUCCCGCUCUCCUUCCUCCGAGAGUACCUGGCAGAGAAAAAACAUCUUGGAGGGUUGCUCAUUCUGCUCCCGAGAAACAUCAGCGCUAAGAAUGUUGAGGGAAACAACGAUGACAAGGGGGAACCAAAGAAUGUGCUGGCUGAGCUAGAAAAGUUGCUCAUGCAUGAAGAAGUGCCGUUUCCAGUGUACUUCGCUUUCCAUGACGACAAUUUGGAUAACCUAUUGGCAGAUAUUCGUAAAAUUGCCUCUUCAGGCCAGCCAGCCUCUGCAUCAACAGGAGGAUACAAGCUUGUAGUGCCUUCUGCGGAACCUAAAAAGGUGUCAUCUCCAACCAUUUCAAAUAUCCAGGGAUGGUUACCUGGAUCGAAAGGAGAGGGCGAUGCUGAACAGCUUCCAACCAUUGCCAUAGUUGCAAACUAUGACACUUUUGGUGCUGCACCUGCGCUUUCCGUGGGAAGUGACAGCAAUGGAAGUGGAGCUGUGGCUCUUCUAGAAAUUGCAAGGAUCUUUUCACGCCUCUAUUCAAGUCCUAAGACCAGAGGCAAGUUUAAUCUUCUCUUUGGAUUAACAUCUGGCGGACCCUACAAUUACAAUGGAACUAGCAAGUGGCUUAGAAGUUUCGAUCAGCGUGUACGCGAGAGUAUUGACUAUGCAAUUUGCUUGAAUAGCGUUGGUUCCUGGAGCAAUGAUCUCUGGAUGCAUGUAUCAAAGCCUCCAGAGAACCCUUACAUCAAGCAAAUCUUUGAAGAUUUUUCAGAUGUCUCCAAGGAAAUGGGCAUUUCAGUCGGCAUCAAGCACAAGAAGAUUAAUGUGUCAAAUUCUAGAGUAGCAUGGGAACAUGAGCAAUUCUCGAGGUUUAGGGUGACUGCGCUAACUCUUUCGGAAUUGUCUACACCUCCUGAAUUUUUGGAAAGCACUGGUGGUCUGUAUGACACUAGAGAAUCAGCAGAUGUUGAGUCAGUAAUGAGAACUGUCAAAUUAGUUUCUGAGAGUCUUGCGAGACAAAUCUACGGGUUGAGAGGAAGGAACAUUGAUGUUUUUGCUGAUAACAGCAGUUUAGCCAUCAGUCCUCACUACAUCCGGUCCUGGUUGGAUCUUUUUUCACGGACACCACGGGUUGCGCCUUUUCUUCAGAAGAAUGACCCCUUCAUCGUAGCACUUAAAAAGGAACUGUCCGAGCAUACUACGGAUGUGCAUGUUCAAAAUGACGUCCUUGAUGGCAUGUUCACUUUCUAUGAUGCAACAAAAUCAACUUUAAACGUAUACCAGGUUGCAAGUGUUACUUUCGACCUGUUAUUCCUUCUGGUGCUCGGUUCCUAUCUAAUUGUUCUCUUCAGUUUCCUAGUAAUCACAACACGGGGCCUUGAUGAUCUCAUUAACAUAUUCCGGCGGCCUCCAUCACGUAAAGUCAAGGGAGCAUAGGCUAGAUCAUCAUGUUUUGUGUAUUAGUAACGAGAAUUGCAUGCCUAGUUAGAAGAGCGCUAGACACCAGGAUUUACGAAAAGCUAAGCUUUCCACAGCAGAUAGACCUGUAAUUUUCAGAAUUACCCUUUGUUCUCUAGCCAAUGUGAGCGGCAUCAGAUUCUCCAGGGCGAAAACAUUUUCUUCUGCACACAAGGAAUUUUGACUGUAAUUUGUUGUCUGUUAUUUAUUUUUUUCAUUUCUGGCUACUGUGAAGUAGAAGGCCUAUCUGCAUAAUCAUCGUGGCAGUGUGUUACUGUGUUAUGUAUGGAUAGAGAGCACCACUCUGUACUCCCAAAUCUGUACUUGGGUACAGUGAGAUACAUCUUCUGAAUACACUCAAAGCAGAACUGCAUCCUGCUUCAUACCUUGUUUUAA